UGGGUGCAUCUCAUGAUGAAACGGAUUGGUGUUCGGGAUUCAUUAUGGGUCCAAGUGGCGGAAAUAAUGAGAAGCAACAUUUCUUUUCAGAUUGUACAGAUUCUGCCAUCAGAGAUUUCCUUAGAUUGGAUGGAUCAAAUUGUCUACGUACAUUAGAAGGGAACUUGACAUGGCCAUUUGGGCCUGCCAUACCUGGUUCGGGUUGGUCAGGAAUGGAACCAAUUGACGUAUUGCCAGAAUGCAAAGCGAUUUUUAAUAGUAAUGAAGCUUAUUUAGGAGAGGAAGUACUUUCAAGUUGCACUACACAAUGCAAAGUGCCUAUCCCAGGAGGAACCCGUUUCACCUACAUUCCUGGGAUUGAAAAUGGACCAUGCGGUAAUGGCGAAGGGAGAUGCUUCCGCGGCCGCUGCAGAAACCCAACGUCGACUAUUCAUCACAAGGCUUCAAAUCUUUGUAUGACUAGAUCAAACCGAUUUACGUUUCAAGAUAACCCAGUUCUAAUGCCAUGUCCAAGAUCAAUCAUGGUUAAGACCCCUUUGGAUGGAUACCUUCUAACGACCACCUCGGAUGGAAUUAUUUUCUCGAGCCCGUACACAUACGACAAUUUUAAUGAAAACAGUGAGAAAUGUUUGCAAUCUGGGCCACAAGGGUCGAUACUGGAAACGGCUAGAUGUGAAUUGUCGAGUACAAGUCAGUUAUGGGAAAUACGGAAAUCCAGCCCACCAUGUAAAGUUUUCGACUUAAUAGUAAAUAAAGCUACGGGGUUGUGCCUGGCACCUAUUUCAAAUGAAAUUGGCAGCCAGAUCGUGCAUCGGCCGUGUGACGAAGGCAGCAACGAAAUCCUAUGGUGGGUCGAACCAGGGGAGGAUUGGGGCACUGGCUCUUUCUUUGCUAAUCUGCCACCUAUGUGCAGCACAGGGUAAUGUAAAGUAAUUUAUGUAUCGGUUUCCAGGUUUUGUUUACGUCUGUCGUAAAUUAUUAAAUGUGAAC